GACAUCGACAACCUAAUGACUGAAGGCAACAAAUCCCGGACAGUGGCUGCCACAAACAUGAACAGCGAGUCAUCCCGGUCACACGCGGUGUUCAGCGUGGUCCUUACGCAGACGCUGUGUGACGCUGCGACAGGUGUCACUGGCGAAAAAGUCGCCAGGCUGUCGCUGGUGGACUUAGCUGGCUCCGAGCGAGCCGUCAAGACUGGCGCAGUGGGUGACCGGCUGAAGGAAGGAUCCAAUAUCAACAAGUCCCUCACGACCCUCGGCCUGGUAAUCUCCAAGCUGGCGGACCAGUCGUCGGGCAAGCCCAACAAGGACAAGUUCGUGCCCUACAGAGACUCUGUGCUCACGUGGCUGCUUAAAGACAACCUUGGGGGGAACAGUAAGACUGUUAUGGUGGCGACCAUAUCGCCAGCGGCGGACAACUACGAGGAGACGCUAUCGACGCUUCGCUACGCUGACCGGGCGAAGCGAAUCGUUAACCACGCUGUCGUCAACGAGGACCCCAACGCGAGGAUCAUCAGGGAGCUGCGGCAAGAAGUCGAAGCUCUGAAGGAGAUGCUCAAGUAUGCCACGGGUUCCCCCGUGGGUGAAGACGUCCACGAACAGUUGGCUCAAAGUGAACAUCUGAUGAAGGAGAUGUCCAGGACCUGGGAAGAGAAACUCGUUGAAACUGGUCGGAUACAAAGCGAAAGACAGCAAGCCCUAGAGAAGAUGGGCAUAAGCGUCCAAGCGAGCGGCAUCAAAGUUGAGAAGAACAAAUACUAUCUCGUCAACCUCAACGCAGAUCCAUCGCUCAACGAACUACUCGUAUACUAUCUAAAGGAUCGAACCCUAGUCGGCGCGGACAGUUCAGCCGACAUCCAGCUAUCAGGCUUAGGCAUCCAGCCACAGCACUGCCAAUUGGUGGUGGAGGGCGGCGCCCUACACAUGGAGCCUCUGAAUGGCGCGCGCUGUUUCGUCAACGGAGCGCCCGUGAUCUCAAGAGUCCUGCUCGGCCACGCUGACAGGAUUCUGUGGGGGAACCACCACUUCUUCCGCGUCAACUGCCCCAAGACUACCACGACCGCAGCAUCAGAGCCGCAGACUCCCGCGCAGCCGAUCGACUAUAACUUCGCGCGCGACGAGAUCAUGCUCAAUGAGCUCAGCAACGACCCCAUACAGACCGCCAUCUCGCGGCUGGAGAAACAACACGAGGAGGACAAACAAGUUGCAUUGGAGAAACAACGACAAGAAUAUGAAAGGCAGUUUCAGCAACUGAGAAACAUUCUAUCACCGUCAACACCAUAUCCACCGUACUCGUACGAUCCAUUGAAAUUAGGUAAAAUGACAGCCUGUACCCCCACAACCGCGGCUCGCGUGGAACGCUGGGCAGCGGAACGUGACGACACCUUCAAGCGAUCGCUGGGCCGCCUCAAGGCAGACAUAUUGCGAGCCAACGCGCUUGUGCAAGAAGCCAACUUCUUGGCUGAAGAAAUGCGAAGGAAUACCAGGUUCAGCGUGACCCUGCAGAUCCCGCCGCAGAAUCUGAGCCCUAAUAGGAAGCGAGGUGCCUUCGUGUCAGAGCCAGCCAUAAUGGUCAAGCGGCCGGGGCGCGGCGGGCAGGUGUGGUCGAUGGAGAAGCUGGACAACAAGCUGGUGGACAUGCGCGACAUGUACGACGACUGGCGCCGCCGCCAGCAGAGGGCGCCCGACGCAGAGGUCGAGGAGGAACCAAACGAGAAAGCGAUCGAUCCGUUCUACGAGUCGCAGGAGAAUCACAACCUCAUCGGAGUCGCCAAUGUGUUCCUUGAAGCACUGUUCCAUGACGUGACACUGGAUUACCACACGCCUAUUAUCAGCCAGCAGGGAGAGGUGGCCGGGAGACUACAGGUGGAAUUGAGUCGAGUGUCUGGCCAGUUUCCUCAAGACAGAAUUUGCGAGGCAGCAUCAGACAGCUCUGGUGAUAUGAGAGAUGAUGACGACCCUGCUGAUCCCGCCACACAACAAUUGGUGGUCGAGGGUGGGGCCUUACACAUGGAGCCGCUGAAUGGCGCACGCUGCUUCGUCAACGGAGUGCGGAUCUCAAGAGUCCUGCUAGCGACCGCAGCAUCAGAGCCGCAGACUCCCGCGCAGCCGAUCGACUAUAACUUCGCGCGCGACGAGAUCAUGCUCAAUGAGCUCAGCAACGACCCCAUACAGACCGCCAUCUCGCGGCUGGAGAAGCAACACGAGGAGGACAAACAAGUUGCUUUGGAGAAACAACGGCAAGAAUAUGAAAGACAGUUCCAGCAACUGAGAAAUAUUCUAUCACCGUCAACACCAUAUCCACCGUACUCGUACGAUCCAUUGAAAUUAGGUAAAAUGACAGCCUGUACCCCCACAACCGCGGCGCGCGUGGAACGCUGGGCGGCGGAGCGCGACGACACCUUCAAGCGAUCGCUGGGCCGCCUCAAGGCAGACAUAUUGCGAGCCAACGCGCUCGUGCAAGAAGCCAACUUUCUAGCUGAAGAGAUGCGGAGGAACACCAGGUUCAGCGUGACCCUGCAGAUACCGCCGCAGAAUCUGAGUCCGAAUAGAAAGCGAGGUGCCUUCGUAUCAGAGCCAGCUAUAAUGGUCAAGCGGCCGGGGCGCGGCGGGCAGGUGUGGUCGAUGGAGAAGCUUGACAACAAACUAGUGGACAUGCGCGACAUGUACGACGACUGGCGCCGCCGCCAGCAGAGGGCGCCCGACGCAGAGGUCGAGGAGCGGCCAGGGCGCGGCGGGCAGGUGUGGUCGAUGGAGAAGCUGGACAACAAGCUGGUGAACAUGCGCGACAUGUACGACGACUGGCGCCGCCGCCAGCAGAGGGCGCCCGACGCUGAGGUCGAGGAACGGCCAGGGCGAGGCGGGCAGGUGUGGUCGAUGGAGAAGCUGGACAACAAGCUGGUGGACAUGCGCGACAUGUACGACGACUGGCGCCGCCGCCAACAGAGGGCGCCCGACGCAGAGGUCGAGGAGGUACGCUCAUACACUUCCAGACCAGACUAUAUAAUGGUCAAGCGGCCAGGGCGAGGCGGGCAGGUGUGGUCGAUGGAGAAGCUUGACAACAAACUGGUGGACAUGCGCGACAUGUACGACGACUGGCGCCGCCGCCAGCAGAGGGCGCCCGACGCAGAGGUCGAGGAGAUCGACAAUAUUUCACAGGAACCAAACGAGAAAGCGAUCGAUCCGUUCUACGAGUCGCAGGAGAAUCACAACCUCAUCGGAGUCGCCAAUGUGUUCCUUGAAGCACUGUUUCAUGACGUGACUCUGGACUACCACACGCCCAUCAUCAGCCAGCAAGGAGAGGUGGCCGGGAGACUACAGGUGGAAUUGAGUCGAGUGUCCGGCCAGUUUCCUCAAGACAGAAUUUGUGAGGCAGCGUCAGAUAGCUCCGGUGACAUGCGAGACGACGAUGACCCUGCUGAUCCUGCCACUCAACAAGUCACAAUCCGCGUGGUGAUCAAGCAAGCGACCGGCUUGCCGCCGUCGCUCUCGCACUUCGUGUUCUGCCAGUACUCGCUAUGCGGCGGCGAGCCGGUGGUAGUCCCGCCGCAUGUCAGCGCUGAUACGCCACCACCGCCGCCCGCCUCGCCGAGGCAUCAACCACAAGCUACUUUCCGUUUCGACCACCGUCAGGAUUUUACGCUGCCGCUCACUGAAGAAUUCAUUGAGCACUGCGCUGAGGGCGCCCUCUCCAUCGAAGUGUGGGGUCACCGCUCGGCCGGCUUCAGCCGCGGGCGCGGCAACUGGGAGGUGGAACAACAGCAAUUGGCCAAGGCGCGCUCGCUGGCCGACCGCUGGGCCGAGCUCACGCGCAAGAUCGAGCUCUGGGUCGAGAUCCACGAGCUCAAUGACCAGGGCGAGUACGCGCCAGUAGAGGUGAGCCAGCGCAGCGACAUGCUGACGGGCGGCGUGUACCAACUACGGCAGGGGCAGCAGCGGCGCGUGGGCGUGCGCGUGCGGCCGGCGCACAACUCCGGCACGCUGCCCAUCAUCUGCCAGCACAUCGUCAGCGUCGAGGUCGGCUCCGUGUCCGUCAGGUCGCGUCUGCAAAAACCAUUGGACUCGUACCAAGAAGAGGACUUGGCAGUUCUUCGCGAGAGGUGGAGCGACGCGCUCGCUCGUCGCCGGCAGCAUUUGCACGCACAAUUACAGAAACUUGUGAACAUGUCGCCAUCAAUGAAGAGCGAACGGGAUAUGGAACGUGAACAAUCGCUCGUCGAACAGUGGGUCUCACUCACGGAAGAGAGAAAUGCCGUUCUGGUGCCGAGCCCUGGCAGUCCUAUACCCGGCGCGCCCGCUGCGUGGAAUCCGCCCACUGGCAUGGAACAACACAUACCUGUUCUAUUCCUUGACCUCAACGCGGACGACCUAACAACGCACCCGUCAGGCGAGGAGGUAACCGUGGCUGGUCUCCACUCGAUCUUACCCAAGGAGCACGGCAACAAGUUCUACGAGCUGCAGAUACUGCACCACCACGACAAAGACGUCUCCGCCAUCGCCUGCUGGGACUCGUCUAUCCACGACUCGCAGUAUCUCAAUAGGGUUACCGAGGCCAAUGAACGCGUGUACCUGAUUCUGAAGACAACAGUGCGGCUGUCGCACCCGGCGCCAAUGGAUCUCAUACUUAGGAAACGACUAGGGUUAAACAUAUACAAACGGCAGAGCUUGACGGAUAGGAUACGUAAGAAAAUUGUCAGGACGGAUCAGCUGUCACAAACCGGUGUCACGUAUGAAGUGGUCUCGAACAUUCCGAAGGCCUCCGAAGAGUUGGAAGACCGGGAGAGUCUGGCGCAAAUCGCCGCCACUGGAGAAGAUUCAAGCGCUGCCGACGGCGAGACUUAUAUCGAAAAAUACACCCGCGGCGUCAGCGCAGUCGAGAGCAUACUGACUCUUGACAGACUGCGGCAAAGCGUAGCUGUCAAAGAGCUGGAGCAGUCCCGCGGCCAGCCCAUCACGAUGCGCAAGACUGCAUCCGUGCCUAACUUCUCGCAGAUCAUGCGCCUGGACUCGUCACUGGAGUCGUUGGCCGGCCUCGCGGGAGGCCGCUCGGGCAGCGUGGCCGACCUCGCCGACGAGACGCCGCGCCGCGCCGCCCACCGCCACUCCUACGCAGCGCCGUCGCACAACGACCCCGACAUGGCAACGCCCACUAAACCCUUCGGCCUUGGAUUGGAAAAGACUGGGCUUUUUGAUGCCUUUGAGACUGAAAGUGCCCCACGUUUUGGACGACUUUCUUCUGAAAGGGAACAGCCAAGAUCAUUUUGGACUAAGAUCAUGCGCCUGGACUCGUCACUGGAGUCGUUGGCCGGCCUCGCGGGAGGCCGCUCGGGCAGCGUGGCCGACCUCGCCGACGAGACGCCGCGCCGCGCCGCCCACCGCCACUCCUACGCAGCGCCGUCACACAACGACCCCGACAUGGCAACGCCCACUAAACCCUUCGGCCUUGCGCGGCCCACGUUCCUAAACUUGAAUCUGAACCUCAACUCGCUGCGACUGCAGACGCCGAGCAAGUCGUCCCCAGCGAGCGGCAAGCUAGGCCUGCGCAUGACCACGCUUCACGAAGAGCCUGGAAGGCGCAACGAUGAUGACUCGCACUCGGAGCCCGAGUCCGCACCGCUUGAUGAGCUCACUACGCCGCGAUCACAUCGCACCCGAUCCCGUGCAUCAUCCCGCGGCUUCCUGCCCACUUCGAAGACGCUGGACUCGCUUCAUGAGCUGGCGUGCGAGCGUCUGCCCAACAAGAACUCGCCGUCGAUAUCGUCCAGUGGCUACGGCUCACAAGCAGUAUCAUCAACGAACCUGACCAACGACGACACGCUAUCCAUCCGAAGCAUGUCGGUCGACGACACCCCGGACUUCGACAAAACCAUGGAGUACACACACAUCAGCCGGACCAAGACCUCCAUGGCCGGUCUACGGAACGAGAUCACCGAACUCAGGAACGACAUUUCCGAGCUCAAGAAUGAGAUAGUCGAGUCUAAGAACGAACUCGACGACUCGUCGUUCGAGAAAGCGAAGACUCCUGUUCUCACUCCUGGGUCCAGGAAUCGGAUUAACCCGUUCCUGAGGGACUGUGAGGAGGCAGAUGAGAAGAAGGAUCAGAUGGUGGAUCCUUUGGGAGCGAUCCCGGUGGAGGUCCUGUCUAGUCAGCCGAACAAAGCGUCGGAGCCGGUGCAAGUGAACGGACAAGUGGCUCAUGAGCAGUCGUUUGCGUCCCCAGCGAGCGGCAAGCUAGGUCUGCGCAUGACCACGCUUCACGAGGAGCCUGGAAGGCGCAACGAUGAUGAUUCGCACUCAGAGCCCGAGUCCGCGCCGUUAGAUGAGCUCACUACGCCGCGAUCACACCGCACUCGAUCCCGUGCAUCAUCCCGCGGCUUCCUUCCAACUUCGAAGACGCUGGACUCGCUUCAUGAGCUGGCGUGCGAGCGUCUGCCCAACAAGAACUCGCCGUCGAUAUCGUCCAGUGGCUACGGCUCACAAGCAGUAUCAUCAACGAACCUCACCAACGACGACACGCUAUCCAUCCGAAGCAUGUCGGUCGACGACACCCCGGACUUCGACAAAACCAUGGAGUACACACACAUCAGCCGGACCAAGACCUCCAUGGCCGGUCUUCGGAACGAGAUCACCGAACUCAGGAACGAUAUAUCCGAGCUCAAGAAUGAGAUAGUCGAGUCUAAGAACGAACUCGACGACCCGUCGUUCGAGAAAGCAAAGACUCCUGUUCUCACUCCUGGGUCCAGGAAUCGGAUUAAUCCAUUCCUGAGGGACUGUGAGGAGGCAGAUGAGAAGAAGGAUCAGAUGGUGGAUCCUUUGGGGGCGAUUCCGGUGGAGGUCCUGUCUAGUCAGCCGAACAAAGCGUCGGAGCCGGUGCAAGUGAACGGACAAGUGGCUCAUGAGCAGUCGUUUGGUGAAGCAGAAGUGGAAUCAGUUGGCUCGGAGCAAUCAAGCCACGACGCGUCGCGCAGCCGCGAGGCUUCCUCGGUGGGCGAGAGCGAUUCCGCCUCGCCGCCGCCCGACCACGCGCCCGUCAAGACGCAGCUGCCCGCCGGAAAGGUGGUGCGAAGACGAGCGACCGGCAGUGGCUCAGGAGGCAACAGACGCACGACUACGACGCGACCGCGCUCGGCCAUCGAGCCCAGCCAAGCGCAUCACGCGUCACAACGAAACUUACACGAAACACCCGCCUCGUCUACUGAGCGCAUUGGGGAUGACGAGUCGUCAGAGAGCGCGCGCACGAUCACGGUGCCGGAGUGGAUGACGGUGGGCGAGAGCGUGUCGCUGCGGCUGAGCAGCAGCACCGGCGUCGUCGCAUACGUCGGGCCCACGCACUUCGCCCACGGGCCCUGGGUGGGCGUGGCCUUGGACGCGCCCACAGGCAAGAACGACGGCUCAGUAGGCGGCACUCGGUACUUCGAGUGCCGGCCGCGGCACGGCAUCUUCGUGCGGCCCGACAAGCUGGCGCACGACCGCCGCGGACGCAGCGCGCGCGCAUAUAAGGAGCAGGAGCGCGCCUCCAUCAAAGGUGAAGGCCUUCACAACUUGCACAGAUCAAGAAGUCGCGGCGAGAGCAUAAACGCCGUGGGCAUCAAGACUAGGAGCAAAUAAACCCUCAGCCACCGGACCGAAGCGACCACGUCCACAGCCUGUGUAGAUACCGUUUCUGUUGCAGUCGUGUCACGCGUAUGGUGCUUUUGUAUACUAUAGUUGGAUUUGUUUAGUUCGAAUCAGUAAAUGACAUUUAGAAUUAAGUGCAAUAUGGCGGACAGCUAAUGUGAUAUUCCGUGACCAGCGUAUGUAAUUAUCGGCAUGAUAAAAAUGAAAUGUUUCAAUUUUUUUUUGGUGGCAAUACUGUAAUUUACAAAACUGGUUACACUCUUAAUGUGACUCUGCUGAUUCGAAUGAAACAAAUCAAAGUUUAGACGUUUAUCUUCCGUUACCGCGUCGUGAAGCAAUACGCAAGCCUUUAUUUGUUAAGUUGUUGGCCCGCAGCUGGGGAAACAAGAUGAUCUCAAUUUUAUUGAUACGCUCAAUAAAACCGCGCAGAUACAUCGACGACGUUUCCGAAGAUCGCAAAUGUUAGGUACAAGUAUUUUUUACUUCUUUGACGUUAUCGACUUAAAUUUUACAUUACACGAUAUGUAAAUAGUAUGAAAUUAUGUGAUUUAAUUUUAUUAUAUGAUUUCCAUGUAAAUAUGUGAAUUUUUGUGUGUGUAUUAUUUUAUUUGAUAAUUUUAGAACCAAUGAAUUUUUUUGUGAUCGGUGAUAAGGUUCGAUGCAUUAUUUGUAUAGAAUUUUUUACUGUAUAGUUUGUGGUAUAGAUGUUAUCGUAAAUUAUUUAUGUAUUUUAGCUCAUUGACUAAUGCUUUUCUUGUCUAUGGAUACAGCACAGGCCCACGUUCCCGCGGGAACGUCAGGUCUGUGCGCUUGCGCCGCACACUUCAUAGACACGCAUUUCACAAACGACUUUUAUUAAAAUGUAUUUUUAUCGAAUGAUUCCUAGCGAUGUACUUUAAUUUCGACCUAUUGCUCAUAUGUGUUGUACACACGAUUGCCAGUGUAUAUGUGAUAGUUUCUUGCCACGCGUUAGCCCUUAUACAUUUUCUCGUCUGCUUUUUACCCUUUAAAAUUUUCGAAAUCGUCCAAUAUUACAUCUUCGUCCUAUAAAAGACUUGUACUUAGUACACUAACAAACCAUUUUGACGGAAAAUACUGAUGCCCGAACUUUGAUUGACUUUCGUUGUGUGGUCCAAGUGAUAAGCGAAAUGAAGGCUGACUUCCAUACAAUUUUGGAAAUUCUGAAAUAUAUUCAUAGAAAGAGUAAAACAAGGCUGUCCAUUAUGUUAAGCUGCGUUAAUGACUCUCGUUUUGUACACUAAUAUAAAUUACGGCCAUUUAAUUAAAUCAUUAGUAAUAUAUCGCUUAUCGCUUGUGCCAUAAAAUUAUAUCGAUUAGGUUGUGUAGGUAAUCUGAAUUGUAAAAAAUACGUGUGUAUAUCAGCACGCUGUAAAUUAAAAAUAAAUAUUAUAAUGUGUCACUAGUGAAAAUGUCCUCAAUUUAUUAUCUCCAUCCACUUGCGAACAAUAAAUUCGAUGAGAGUUCUAUCUAAUAAAUAGUGAAGCGAGCAGUGUCCUCGCUCGUGCCACAUAUGAAUGUGUGGUAGUUAUUUUGGCAUUUUUUGUGAAGAUAGUAUCAGAAGUUAUAGCGGCGUAGGACGCGUGUAAUCGAGUGUUAGGAAAUGUCCACAUUGCCCGCCUCCGGGCAGCAUAGACUAGCUCACCUAAUGUAUAUUCCAUCCUCUUAGAAACGUAAUCGAUCGUAAGUACACUUAACAAGUACACAGAUAGUUUAAAUGCCUCGUUAUUUACUAGUGUUUGUAAGAGUUCCAAUUUCAGCGUUCAUUAUAGCCCGCCACUUGCCUCCAUUCCUGUAAACAUAUGUAUAUUAACAUUAAAGAAUUAAGUACUCACGUUAAAAUACAAAAAUAUCAAAAAUAUUUAAAUCGCUGUUUCAAUGCACUCGAGAAUUUAACGCCAACUCGUAAGGUGCGGUUCUACUGCAAGCGGUUUUUCGGAGACACAUUUAUCGGUUAGUUUAAUAAAUGAUAUAGGAUGUAAAAUAUUAAACAUCAAAGUAUAUCUCGACUUAGAAGCUUGUGUAGUGGGGCCGCGACCUAAAUAAUUUAAGCGUUGACUGACAUCAUAUUGUCUCACGUAAUAGUUAUCACCAUUAACAUUUAUCGAAUGCUUAUUAGACUGUCGUACUUAAACAUUCCAUUUUUUCUAUACAUUUAUCGUUCUAGCAGAAUUCAGUAGAGUAAUUUGUCAGUAUUCACUGAUGAUUUAGAUUUCUAACAGUUGUGACUUAAAUGGCGUUAAUUUUUGCAUUUUACGAUUUUGACUUUAAUGUAAAAGUAUAGACCAGUGUAUAAAUAAUUCUGGCCCUAACUAGGACAGCUCAAUGUGUAGUCGAAGUAAACAGUCUAAAUGAAAUAUUGAUUAUAACUUUGAAAUAUUGUAGGAUGUCUUUGAACCUCUCGAUGUGCUUGUGUCCAGUAGUGUCGGUAGGUCAUGGGCAAAGGGUUGGAACUAAAGGUCCCUGGUGGAACAGGCGUGGAAACAACGGAUAAAUUGUGUAGACCUGACCUUAAAAAAUUGCGGGUUCGUUAUUUUUGUAUAGAGGCGGCCCGCGCGAGGGUCUACACGUUCUAUGUUGUAUCGGAAUCUUAUCGGAUUUUUUCUUCUAUAAUCGUAUUUUUGUAGUGCUGUCGCGCCUAUACCCAUUGAGUUAGAGCGGGAUAAAACUAUAUAAAAUACUAUUAUGUUAGAAAAAGAACUAUUUAUGAUUCCGAAGCCCGCCCGUUUCAUCAUCGACUGAUGGAUGUAGCAGCGAAGGAACGAAGUAUGGCAUUCGAGGCAAAGUAUGCACUAGGGCUCCUAGUAUUAGGCUAAUAGCGACCUUAAAAGCAGCGUCUGGUAGGUCCUAAAUUAAUUUAAUAGUAACUAAGCUGACCAUGUGCUGUGCUUUUGUUUUAAACAAUUAGUUUUUAAGUAAAUGAAAUUAUUUGUUUAUAAUUAUUAUUUCAUGUAGAUGAUUUUGUAUUUAUUGCAUCCAACAAAUCAUGAGCUUUUACGAUGAUAAUGUAAUUAAUUAGGUUUGUGAAGCGAUGCAUGAUUCAUUUAGCAUAGAUUACAAGGUUAUUUAAGUUGCCAGUGUCGGACAUGUAAUAUAAAAUAAAGAUCACAAACCAUAUUGUAUUCUUGAUUAUUUCUUGACGAUUGGACUUAUUGGCAGCUACUUGGUAGGGUAGGUAGAUGGUUGCAUCUUUCUGUAAACACCUGAGCAUAAUAAAUUAUAAAGACAUUUUAAUAUUUAAAUAUGGAAAUAGUUCACUUCUAGUGGAAAUAUUUUUGCCAAGUAGCAAAUUCGAGUCAACCAUCGCUGUCAUUAUCAAUAAAUGUAUGAUAAAUUAA